ACGUAGCCUUUGAUUGUAUCUUUUUCGACAGUUAAAUUAUGUGCAUGCAUACAUACGUAAAAUCGAAGGUUCGCACCGUCAUUCCAUGAAGGCGGUGAUCAUUGAAAAUUUACUCAAUAUUUAUUUUGACGGUUAGGACAUAGGUGGUCGCGCGGUUAGGUUGGCAUACGUUGCGUCACUGGCGUAGUGACUUGCGUUGAUGUAAAUUGGAGGUAACGAACGAAGUAGAAUUGUAAGAAAACAAAAACGAGUGAUAAACACCGGGUAAUGUAUUCAAGAAUUCAAAUGCAUUCCAUCGAAAGCGAAUGAAAACCAGAUACCAAUUAAAGUCCAUAGUGAGGGAACCGAAAGGGAGUUAAGGCAAAAAUGGCACCUGCACUUAGUAAAUUUGUAACAAAAAGGUCAAUCGCAGGAGCGAUAAGUGUCAGCGCAAUAAUUUGGCUGCUGAACAAAAAAACGAAAAAACGGACAUCGAAACUUAGACAUCAACAGACAAACAACGACAUUCAGUAUGUCAUUAAAGAGGACAAACCAAAAUCGCCCAAAGCUCACGUUAACGCAGAAUUCUUCAGGCAGCUACGCCAGCUUAUUGCUAUUGGCGUUCCAGGAGUUUUUUCCACGGAAUCGGGAUACUUACUCCUGAUAGCUGUGGCUCUCGUUGUCAGAUCGUUUUGUGAUUUAUGGAUGAUUAAUGCCGGGACGCUUAUCGAAUCGUCUAUAGUUAGUAUGAAUGGACCUCUAUUUAGAAAACGACUUUUCUGGUUCUUCUCCGCAUUGCCGUUGGUUUCAAUAGUGAACAAUAUACUGAAGUAUGGUAUUGGCGAAGUGAAACUUAGGUUACGCACUAACAUUACACACCACCUUAUGGAUAAAUACCUCAAGGGUUUCACAUACUAUAAAAUGUGCAACUUGGAUAACCGCAUUGCAAAUCCAGACCAAUUGCUCACAACAGAUGUUGAUAAAUUCUGCGAAAGUUGCACAGAUUUGUACAGUAAUAUUGCUAAACCUCUACUGGAUAUAUCUAUUUAUGUAUACAGACUCACGUCCACUCUCGGAGGACAGACACCCCUGCUUAUGCUGGGUUACUUGUUGGGAGCAGGAACGUUUUUAACGCAUCUUCGUAGACCAAUCGGGUCAUUGACUGUGACGGAACAGCGACUUGAAGGGGAAUAUCGUCACAUUAACUCACGCCUGAUAGUCAAUUCAGAAGAGAUUGCUUUUUAUCAGGGAAAUAAUCGUGAGAAGCUCACCCUCCUCACCAGCUUCCAAAAAUUGAUCACACAUCUACGAAGAUUCCUUGAGUUUAAAGUAACUUUGGGAGUAGUGGACAAUUUUGUUGGGAAGUAUGCGGCAACGAUUGUCGGUUUCUAUGCAGUUAGCAUUCCCUUCCUCCAAAAAAAUCAUCCGAUACUGAGUGGAACCCCUGAUCAUCGUUACAAGAGUUACUACACAUAUGGCCGAAUGUUGAUAAAGUUGGCGGAAGCUAUCGGCAGGCUGGUACUUGCAGGAAGAGAGUUGACACGACUGGCCGGUUUCACAGCCAGAGUUACAGAAAUAAGAACAGUCUUGAACGACCUGAACUCAGGGAAAUAUCAGCGAACUAUGGUGGCAGACAAUAAGUCCGAACCGGUUGGCGCACCAGGAGCAGGAAAAAUAGUUGCUAAGGACAACAUAAUAAAAUUCGAGCAUGUGCCUUUAGUUACACCAAACGGUGAUGUACUUGUAAAAGAUUUAUGUUUUGAGGUGAAAUCUGGCAUGAACGUUUUGGUCUGCGGUCCAAAUGGUUGUGGAAAGAGUUCCCUAUUCCGAAUUCUCGGCGAGCUUUGGCCAGUCUGGGGAGGAAUUGUAACUAAGCCACCAAAGGGGAAAUUGUUUUACAUCCCGCAAAGACCGUACAUGACGUUGGGUACGCUCAGAGACCAAGUAAUUUACCCUCAUACAAGAGCCGAAAUGCUGCGACGAGGUAAUUGUAAUGACGCCGAUCUGGAGGAGUUCUUAAAUGUGGUGCAACUUGGUCAUCUGCUGGAAAGAGACGGUCAAGGAAAGGGGAAAGGACAGGGUUGGGACACCGUUGCCGACUGGAUUGACGUUUUGUCAGGCGGAGAAAAGCAGCGCAUUGCGAUGGCAAGGUUGUUUUAUCAUGCACCACAGUUCGCCAUUCUCGACGAAUGUACGAGUGCAGUUAGCGUGGAUGUCGAGGAUUCCAUGUAUUCUUACUGCAGACGAGCUGGUAUUACUUUAUUCACCGUUUCUCACCGAAAGUCCCUUUGGAAACACCACGAGUAUUACCUUCAAAUGGAUGGUAGAGGCUCGUUUGAGUUUAAACAAAUUGAGCAAGAUACGGAAGAAUUUGGAUCAUGAAUUUUAUUGUGAAUCGUAAUUCUCUAUAAGGUGAAUCAUGGAUAGUUUAGGCUACCACGAUGCUCAGCCACGGCUUGAUUCCAAAACUAAUGUGUUCAAGAAGGGAUCGUUAGGCUACGUUUUAUAGAUAAUAAUUACUAGCGUAUAACAUCACAAGCAUUUGAACUCUUUUAAAAAAAUUUAACGCCAUUUAAUGGCGUUAGGGUAAGAACAAGAAUUUGUCACUUGUGAAUUUGUAAGCUUUAGACCCUGAAAUCUAAGAUUAGGAGGGGAUGUAAUAAAUUGUACUAUAGCAAUCAGACCAAACGUUUUGACCGAGUGACAAUGAAAAUUAAAUGAAACGCGUUGCAUUAUCGUUGAACGUAAAUAUUUUGUUCAAUGAACAUCUUCUGGAAUGAGAUGUAAGAUUAUUGAUAGAAAUGAAAAUUUUGCGUCUCAGCAAUUAGUAAUUAAUUUGAACAAUUUUAAACAAAAGUUUUUUUACUGCUUGUUUAUUUGAUCUCUCAUUAUUAAAUACAAUUCAAAUAUUAAUAUAUUCGACAUAUUGCAAUUUUUAAGUAUAAAAUCAGUUGCGAAAUAUCGUAUUCGAAAAAAUUAAUACCGCCUCUAGAGACUGUACUUUACAAUGCCAUAGUUAUCUUAUAUCUAGCUUAAAUGCGAAAAGACCUCUACUCGCGGAAAUAAUAAUUACACAUUUAUAUUCUUCUUCCGAAAAUUACCUCCUAUUUUACUCUCGGUAGUAAAAUCACAGAGAAGUCUAACGAAAGUUAUAAGGUUUCAGUUAACACUGAGUACAGUUGUAUAUUAUGUAUACAUAUUUACGACGGAGACGAUUAAUUACAAUUAUUGUUAUAUUGUUAAUUGUUAUGUGCAGAGCACAUUGUAUAUUUAUAUAACGUAAUAAUUUUAACAAAAAUGUCAUCACAAUAACCAUAGUCUUAACGAUUUUAUUAUUAGUAUACAUGUAUAUGGAAUUGCUGGCCAACGGGUAAAAAUAUUGAAACAAUUUUUUUAUAUUGAAAUAAAGAUCACUUUCCGAAGAAAGCAUUGUACAGAAAAAUGAUUAAAAAAUAACCGCAAUUUUCAGUCAGUGAAAAGGUUUUUGUGAGGGAUAAGUAAGAUAUUUGUGGCGCCCAUUUUUGACCAUUGAUUCUUGGUGUUUUUACCAAAUCAAGGAGAAUUUCAAGAAUAAAAAAUUCGCCGUUUCGGCCUCCCUAAGGAGAUGUAAGCACUUUUAACGGUCAUUGGAAACACAUCGAAAUUCAACGAUUUUUUUUUACUCAUGAGUUUGGCAUCCGUACGAAAGGGGCACAAUCGAAACCACAGUCACAUCACACGUAAUAAAAUCGCAGGAGGUGACUGUCGCAGCCCAAAGGUUAUAAUUAAUUCGACCUCCGUAUGACAAUGUUUGUUUAGUAAUAAAUAUUUCGUGAAAUGAUGAAAA